AUGGCGAAGUUUCGCCUCCCAUCCGGCUCCUUCUCCUCCCCCAGUGACCAGCAGGUGUCUGUUGGAGGUAAAACGGGAGCUCUGUUCCUCUCUGUCCCGGGAAAUGAGCCGGAAAAUGAGGGGCGGGCCGCCACGCCUCCUUCCCAGGACCCGCUGCACUCCUCUUUCGGCUCUCGGCCGCCUCCCACCUUCUCCAUCCGCGAUUGUUUCCGCAGCAGAUGGACCAGGCGCUUCCUGUGUCUCUAUGGUGUGAGGAGUCAGAGGAGGAUCAGGGUGAACCUCAAGAGCAGCAGCAGGGGCUCGCCUCAGCUCCGAGCCCGCUGGGACCCCUCCGUGUCGGGGCAUCGAGUGAUCCAGAGGCUGCUCCACCUGGAGGGGCGCUACAUGCCCUCCAUGCUCUACGUCACGCUCAUCCAGCGGGAUCCGCAGCGCCGGGAGGAGAUCGCCAAGUGGGCCCUGGAGGUUUGCUGUGACUGUGGAUGUGACGAGGCCGUCUUCCCGCUGUCUGUCUCCCUCAUGGACAGGUACCUGUCUGCCUACCUGUCCCUGCCUGUCUCACCGUUCUGCCUGGCUGCAGGAUGCAUCCUGAUCGCCUCAAAGCUCACAGAGUGUGAAACCGUCACCGCUGACGCCCUCUGCACAGCGGCCGAGUUCAGCUUCCAGCCUUCAGACCUGAGG